ACCAAAUGGCGGUUUUCAUUAAACGGACUAUAUCAUUUAUAUAAAUGCGGGUCUUCAUUUUUCCUCCUUUGUUUUAAUUUUUUUUUCUUUCACUAUUUCGUUGCACUUCUCUCUUCUCUCGUUUUCUCGUACUCACUCUAGAGUUCUCCAUUGAAGCAGCUUCUAAGCUUUCUACCCUCCACUGAAGCAUCUACUGAGCUUUUCCUCCUCCAUUGAAGCAUCUUCUUCUUAGAAAGAUGUCGAAUCUGGGAGGUGGUGCGGAGGCACACGCACGUUUUAAGCAGUAUGAAUACAGAGCGAAUUCGAGUCUAGUGCUCACGACAGAUUCACGCCCGAGGGAUACCCAUGAGCCUACUGGUGAGCCGGAGUCCUUAUAUGGUAAAAUUGACCCGAAAUCGUUUGGAGAUAGGGUUGCUAAAGGAAGGCCUCAGGAGCUUGAAGAGAAGAAGAAGAAAUCUUCAAAAAAGAAGGAAAGGGACCCAAAUGCGGAGCCAGGGCCUGCUCGGCAGAGCAAGAAACGCCGUAUUCAGGAGGAAAGUGUUCUGAAUGUUACUGAAGAAGGGGUUUAUCAGCCAAAAACUAAAGAAACUCGGGCUGCUUAUGAGGCUAUGCUGAGUAUUAUCCAGCAGCAGCUGGGAGGGCUACCAUUUAAUAUUGUCAGUGGUGCUGCUGAUGAGAUUUUGGCUGUAUUAAAGAAUGAUGCUAUUAAGUACCCGGAAAAGAAGAUGGAGAUUGAGAAGUUGCUGACUUCUAUGCCUGCUACUGUUUUUGAUAGCCUGGUUAAUGCUGGGAAGAUGAUUACUGACUAUCAAGAAGGUGGUGAUGAUGUCCCGACUGCCAAUGGGGAUGGUCUCGAUAACGAAGUGGGUGUUGCGGUGGAGUUUGAAGAGAAUGAUGAUGAUGACGAUGAGAGCGAUUUUGGCUCGGUGCAGGAUGAUGAAGAGGAUGAUGAAGAUAUUGCUGAAGCAGGUUCAGCUGGGGGUAUGCAAAUGGGUGGUGGGAUCGGUGAUGAAGAUAUGCCUGAUGCGGAUGAGGGUAUGAACCUAAAUGUUCAGGAUAUUGAUGCGUAUUGGCUUCAGAGGAAGAUUUCUCAAGCCUAUGAUCAGCAAAUUGAUCCACAACAGUGCCAAAAUCUUGCUGAAGAAGCUCUAGCCUUACUUGCUGAAGGGGAGGAUAGGGAGAUUGAGAAUACACUUUUGACUCGCCUUGACUACGAUAGGUUCAACCUUGUCAGGUUCCUUGUGCGUAAUAGGCGGAAGAUUGUGUGGUGUACCCGCCUAGCCCGAGCUGAAGAUCAAGAGGAGCGAAAAAGGAUUGAAGAAGAAAUGCUGGAAUCUGGUGCAGAUUUGGCUGCCAUCCUGGAGCAGUUGCAUGCUACCAGAGCCACUGCCAAGGAGAGGCAGAAGAAUCUGGAGAAGAGUAUAAGAGAGGAGGCUCGUCGUUUGAAAGAUGAGAGUGCUGUUGAUGGGGACCGUGGUCGUAGAGGAUUGACUGAUAGAGAUGUUGAUAAUGGUUGGUUGAAUGGGCAGCGGCAGGUACUUGAUCUGGAAAACCUCGCUUUCAACCAAGGUGGUCGUUUCAUGGCAAAUAAGAAGACUAUACUUCCAGAUGGCUCUUAUCGCCAUCCGGCUAAAGGAUAUGAAGAGGUUCAUAUUCCUGCUUUGAAACCCAAGCCAUUAGAAAAAGGUGAAGAACUCGUGAAGAUAUCUGGAAUGCCAGAUUGGGCACAACCAGCUUUCGAAGGGAUGACACAAUUGAAUAGGGUGCAGAGUAGAGUUUACCAAACUGCACUCUUUUCAGCUGAAAACGUUCUUCUUUGUGCUCCGACUGGGGCGGGGAAGACUAAUGUUGCUGUCCUCACCAUAUUGCAGCAGAUUGCUUUGAGUAGAGCACCAGAUGAAUCAUUUGACCACAGCAGUUAUAAGAUAGUAUAUGUUGCUCCAAUGAAAGCUCUCGUGGCUGAAGUGGUCGGUAACUUGUCAAACCGGUUGAAGCACUAUGGUGUGAAUGUGAAGGAAUUGAGUGGUGAUCAGACAUUGACCAAGCAACAGAUAGAUGAAACGCAGAUAAUUGUUACAACUCCAGAGAAGUGGGAUAUCAUAACAAGGAAGUCAGGUGAUCGAACAUACACUCAGCUUGUCAAACUUCUCAUAAUUGAUGAGAUUCAUCUGCUCCAUGACAACAGAGGCCCUGUGCUGGAAAGUAUAGUUGCCAGGACAGUUAGGCAAAUUGAAACAACAAAAGAUAAUAUUAGACUAGUUGGGUUAUCAGCCACCCUUCCUAACUAUGAGGAUGUGGCAUUAUUCUUGAGGGUUGAUGUAGAAAAGGGGCUAUUCCACUUUGACAACAGCUAUAGACCUUGCCCGCUUGCACAACAAUAUAUUGGAAUCAAUGUGAAGAAGCCACUACAGAGAUUCCAGUUGAUGAAUGACAUUUGCUAUGAUAAGGUGAUGGCUGUGGCCGGAAAGCACCAAGUUCUUGUUUUUGUUCACUCUAGAAAAGAGACGGCAAAGACUGCCCGUGCAAUAAGGGAUACAGCAUUGGCAAAGGACACCCUUGGUAAAUUUUUGAAAGAGGAUAGUGCAAGUCGUGAAAUUCUUCAUGCACAUACCGAUUUAGUUAGAAGUAAUGACCUCAAGGAUCUUUUACCUUACGGCUUUGCAAUUCAUAAUGCUGGGAUGAAUAGGGCUGAUCGCCAGCUUGUGGAAGAUUUGUUUGCUGAUGGUCACGUGCAAGUCCUAGUUUCUACAGCCACCCUUGCUUGGGGUGUCAAUUUGCCUGCACACACAGUGAUUAUAAAGGGAACCCAGAUCUAUAAUCCUGAAAAGGGAGCUUGGACAGAAUUGAGUCCUCUGGAUGUAAUGCAGAUGCUUGGGCGUGCAGGUAGACCCCAGUAUGAUACUUAUGGAGAGGGAAUAAUCAUCACUGGUCAUACUGAAUUGCAAUUCUAUCUUUCUUUGAUGAAUCAACAGCUUCCUAUUGAAAGUCAGUUUAUUUCAAGGUUGGCUGAUCAGUUGAAUGCUGAAAUUGUUCUUGGUACUGUACAAAAUGCUCGAGAAGCCCUCAAUUGGAUAGGUUACACAUACCUGUACAUUCGGAUGUUACGUAACCCUACACUUUAUGGCUUAGCUCCUGAUGUGCUCGACAGGGACCUUACACUGGAAGAGAGGAGAGCUGACCUGAUCCAUUCAGCAGCAACUGUUUUGGACAAAAAUAACUUGAUUAAAUAUGAUCGGAAAAGUGGUUACUUCCAGGUCACUGACUUGGGAAGGAUUGCCAGUUUUUAUUACAUUACACAUGGCACAAUAUCCACUUACAAUGAGCACUUAAAACCGACUAUGGGUGAUAUUGAGCUUUGUCGGUUAUUCUCCCUCAGUGAGGAAUUUAAAUACGUUACAGUGAGGCAAGAUGAGAAGGUUGAACUGGCCAAGCUUUUGGAACGUGUUCCAAUUCCCAUUAAAGAGAGCUUGGAAGAGCCCAGCGCUAAGAUUAAUGUUUUACUUCAAGCAUAUAUUUCUCAGUUGAAACUUGAAGGCUUGUCUCUAACAUCAGACAUGGUUUAUAUAACACAGAGUGCGGCACGUCUUAUGAGAGCUCUUUUUGAGAUAGUUUUGAAAAGAGGAUGGGCUCAGUUGGCAGAAAAGGCGCUAAAUUUGUGCAAAAUGGUUCAGAAGAGGAUGUGGAACGUGCAGACACCACUCCGUCAGUUUACUGGAAUACCUAGCGAAAUUUUGAUGAAGUUGGAGAAGAAGGAACUGGCUUGGGAUAGGUACUAUGACCUUUCCUCUCAAGAACUGGGAGAGCUCAUAAGACAACAGAAGAUGGGAAGGACUCUUCACAAGUUCAUUCACCAGUUUCCAAAGCUCAACCUUGCUGCACAUGUGCAGCCAAUUACUCGCUCUGUUUUAGGAGUGGAACUGACAAUCACACCUGAUUUCAUGUGGGAUGACAAGAUUCAUGGAUAUGUGGAGCCUUUUUGGGUUAUUGUGGAGGAUAAUGAUGGUGAAUACAUUCUUCAUCAUGAAUACUUCAUGCUGAAGAAGCAAUAUAUUGAUGAGGACCAUACCCUGAAUUUCACUGUGCCAAUAUCAGAGCCUCUGCCCCCACAAUAUUUCAUUCAUGUUGUUUCUGAUAGAUGGUUGGGAUCACAGUCUGUUUUGCCUGUUUCUUUUAGGCAUCUUAUUUUGCCUGAGAAAUAUCCUCCCCCAACAGAAUUGUUGGACUUACAACCACUGCCUGUGACUGCAUUGAGAAACCCAUCAUAUGAAGCCCUUUAUCCAGAAUUUAGGCACUUCAACCCUGUCCAGACUCAGGUUUUCACGGUUCUGUACAAUGCAGAUGACAAUGUUUUGGUUGCUGCGCCAACUGGUAGUGGAAAGACAAUAUGUGCUGAGUUUGCUAUCUUGCGAAACCACCAAAAAGGUCCUGACAGCACCAUGCGUGUUGUCUAUAUAGCACCUAUGGAAGCUCUGGCCAAGGAGCGUUACCGUGAUUGGGAAAGGAAAUUUGGAAAAGGACUUGGUUUGCGAGUCGUUGAACUCACGGGAGAGACAGCAACUGACUUGAAGCUACUUGAGAAAGGGCAGAUAAUUAUAAGUACUCCUGAAAAAUGGGAUGCUUUAUCUCGACGCUGGAAACAAAGAAAGUAUGUUCAGCAAGUCAGCCUGUUCAUCAUUGAUGAGCUCCAUCUUAUUGGUGGUCAAGGCGGUCCUGUGUUGGAAGUGAUUGUCUCAAGGAUGAGAUAUAUAGCAAGUCAAGUGGAGAACAAGAUUCGCAUUGUUGCUUUAUCAACCUCUCUUGCUAAUGCUAAGGACCUUGGUGAGUGGAUAGGUGCUUCUUCACAUGGUCUUUUCAACUUUCCACCAGGGGUUCGUCCUGUACCUCUUGAGAUUCACAUUCAGGGAGUAGAUAUUGCUAAUUUUGAGGCAAGAAUGCAAGCUAUGACCAAGCCAACCUACACAGCUAUAUCUGUCCAUGCUAAGAAUGGGAAACCUGCUAUUGUAUAUGUUCCAACUCGGAAGCAUGCUUCACUUACUGCAGUUGACCUUGUAACAUAUGCUAGUGCUGACAGUGGAGAGAAGCCAAUAUUUUUGCUGCAUUCAUCGGAGGAGCUGCAGCCUUUUACUGAUAAAAUUAAGGAUCUAAAUCUGAAGACCACUCUUGGCUAUGGUGUGGGCUUUUUGCAUGAAGGAUUAGUUAGCACUGAUAAGGAGAUUGUAUCACAGUUAUUGGAAGCUGGAUGGAUCCAAGUUUGUGUUAUGACCAGUUCAAUGUGCUGGGGAAUGCCUUUGUUGGCUCACUUAGUGGUGGUCAUGGGAACUCAGUACUAUGAUGGGAGGGAAAAUGCUCAUACUGAUUAUCCAGUAACUGAUCUGCUCCAGAUGAUGGGUCAUGCUAGUCGGCCUUUGUUGGAUAAGUCUGGGAAGUGUGUUAUCCUCUGUCAUGCUCCACGAAAGGAAUAUUAUAAAAAGUUCUUAUAUGAAGCAUUCCCUGUAGAAAGUCAUUUGCACCACUAUCUUCAUGACAAUCUGAAUGCAGAAAUUGUAGUCGGAGUAAUCGAGAAUAAGCAAGAUGCUGUGGAUUAUCUCACAUGGACAUUUAUGUACAGAAGGCUUGCUCAGAAUCCUAAUUACUACAAUCUUCAGGGUGUGAGCCAUAGGCAUUUAUCAGAUUACCUCUCAGAACUUGUGGAGAACACUUUGAGUGAUCUGGAAGCAAGUAAAUGUGUUGCUAUUGAAGAUGAUAUGGAUCUCUCUCCUCUGAAUCUGGGCAUGAUAGCAUCAUAUUACUACAUCAGCUACACCACAAUCGAGCGUUUUAGUUCUUCGUUGACAUCCAAAACAAAGCUGAAGGGUCUUCUUGAGAUUCUGGCUUCAGCUUCAGAGUAUUCGCAAUUGCCAGUACGUCCGGAGGAUGACUUGAUUCGCAAGAUGAUACAUCACCAAAGAUUCUCUUUUGAGAAUCCAAAGUACACAGAUCCACAUGUAAAAGCAAAUGCUUUGCUGCAGGCCCACUUUUCUAGACAUCCAGUUGGUGGUAAUUUGGCUGCUGACCAGCGUGAAGUGCUCCUUUCAGCUAGUAGAUUGCUUCAGGCUAUGGUUGAUGUUAUUUCUAGCAAUGGUUGGCUAAAUCUUGCUCUUCUUGCUAUGGAAGUAAGCCAGAUGGUGACUCAGGGUAUGUGGGAGCGAGAUUCCAUGCUAUUGCAGCUUCCACAUUUCACCAAGGAGUUGGCCAAGAGAUGUCAAGAGAACCCAGGGAAGUCUAUUGAGACUGUGUUUGACCUGGUGGAAAUGGAGGAUGAUGAGAGGCAGGAGCUUCUCCAGAUGUCUGACUCACAGUUGCUGGAUAUUGCCCGUUUCUGUAAUCGUUUCCCCAACAUUGAUAUGACUUAUGAGGUGGCUGAUAGUGACAGCAUUGGUGCUGGGGAAGAUGUCACAAUGUCGGUUACCCUUGAACGAGAUCUUGAAGGGAGGUCAGAAGUGGGACCUGUUGAUGCUCUUAGAUAUCCCAAAGCUAAAGAAGAAGGUUGGUGGUUGGUGGUGGGUGACACAAAGACUAACCAACUGCUAGCUAUUAAGAGGGUCGCUUUACAACGGAAAUCAAAAGUCAAGCUUGAUUUCGUUGCACCUCCUGAAGUUGGGAAGAAGACUUACACUUUGUAUUACAUGUGUGAUUCUUACUUGGGAUGUGAUCAGGAGUACAACUUUACCAUUGAUGUCAAAGAGGCAGGAGCAGCUGAAGAUGACAGUUGAAAGGAAUGAUGCGAUUCCCUUUAAUGGAUGCUUGACCAACAAUGCGGACUGAUCCUGUUAAUAUUAGGGGAUUUGUCACUGUUGCUGCAUUUUAAGUUUAAGAUGCAGCUGCUGUUGGCUGUUGCAGUUAUUGCUGGCUUAAUUGGUGCAUUUCAAUUCUAAGAUAUGGCUGUGCUCAAAAGCUUAUGUCAGUGGACGUGUUUGGGGUUUAUUAACAGUGCUGCUGUAAUUUUGCCCCUCCAAAACUUGGUAAACACUACUUUUUUGUUCUUUUGCUUUCUUUGUUUUUCUGUUUUAUUUUUCCUAAUCUCUUCAUAUAUAUUUAAUUUGGGUAAGUAAGAAAUGUGCACCCUAAAGUUAUACAGCUUAUACUCGUAUGUGGUUUCUGCUAUGCCUCAGUCACGUUGAAAGAAGUAUAUGUGUUUUGCUCCAGCAUUAAUGUAGCAAGUAUAACAAAACUAUUACUCCUUUUUUUCAUUGUGGAAUGCGGCAGCUGUGGCUGAUAUGCUGCUUUAACUAGAAAGCUUCAUGCUUUUUGGUCCGACAGGAGCCACCCCUUAUUGAUUUUCGAUAGUGAAAUCGCCAAGCGACCACCAUGGCUUUGGGGUUAUCAUACUGAGGUUAUAAGUAGGCGGUCUAUUUGAUGAAAUUUUCUCAGUCGAAAACCAUGUAAAGAGGCUUCAAACAUGAGAAAUAGCCCCCCAUAAACGAGCAUAGCCUGCGAUUCUAGCAGUUGGAACGUAAGCAUAUUGCAAUAUAUAAAGUGCCAUUGAAUCAUGUGAAAGUGUACGUAAUUCUAGAUUUUUUUAAAGGUUAAUAUGUCAUUCUUACUACUUGCUUCUAUGAUUAGAGCCUUUAUAUUACUUGGCUUGCAUAUC